AUGGAAGCAGGCGGCAAUGAGAUCUCGCGCCUGUCGGAGGAAGUCCUGGCGUCGAUCCUCUCCCUCACGUCGCCGCCUGACGCAGGACGCUGUGCCGCCGUCUCCCGUGCCUUCCUCGCCGCCGCGGACUCGGACGCCGUCUGGUCCCGCUUCCUGCUCCACGACCUCCCACGGUUCGCUCAGGGCGUGCUCUGCCGCGCGCCGCCGUCCAAGAAGGGCUUGUUCCGAUGCCUCUCCGACCAACCGGCGCUCCUCCCAGACAAGCUCGUCAGCAUGCGGCUGGACCGGGCUACUGGCGCCAAGUGCUACAUUCUCUCCGUGAGGUCGCUGCAUAUUUCCUUCUUUGAAGCAGCUCAGCUUUGGGGAGUUUGGUGGUUAUUAAUCCGUGGCAAAAUACAUAGCACAAUGCUCUGCCGGAACUCCAAGUAUGCUGCUUACAUGGUGUUCAAACUAGCGGAUGAGUUCACCAAGCUUGAUUUCCCGUUUCAAGUGGCAUCAAUAAGUGUUGGAGGGAAUGAUUCAUCAACACGCCAAGUUUGCCUCCAAGCUUACAUGGAGGAUGGGGAUGACGGAGUAUCUCGCAAACAUAUCUUGAGGUCAAGUUGGGAAAGCUAUCUGCCUCAUACGAAACGCCGUGCAAUUCCUCUCACGGAUGCCGUUAUGCUCCCUCGAAAAAGGGCUGACGGCUGGAUGGAGGUCGAGCUAGGCGAGUUCUACAAUGGAGAAGGAUGUGACGGUGAUGUGUUUGUGACCCUAAUGGAGACAGAAGCAGGAAAUUUCAAGAGUGGUCUUAUUGUGUGGGGUAUGGAGAUUAGAACUAAGCAACGAUGUUGA